AUGGGGCGCCCGCACAGCAGCGACAUCUUCGCUAAGUACCAAGUGGAACUAGCCGCGGGGAUCAUUUCGAAAAAUAAUUACCGACGAGUGGCCGUGCAGUUGCCUGACUGCAUGCUGGAGGACUCGCUGCUCCUUUCGAAUGCCAUCCAGGGGGAGCUCCACAAAGGAGGAGGGGCACCUCUCCCUUACAGCAACGAACCAACGGGGAUGAUCCCCCCAUGUUGUGGUGAAAAAUCUCCCAAAGGAGAUGCACCCAUCUGUGGAAAGGAAGCCAACUCAGUUGGAAGCACCCCGAGUGACCCACCCCAAAGGAGCACCCCCGAUGGGGUCGACGUGUACAUUUUAGGAGACACAUCGGUCAACGAAUGUUGCGAAGACUACGUAAGUGCUGAACAUGUGCAGGCAGAUCUUCUUCUGCACUAUGGGCCCUCCUGCCAGUCAUUCAUAACGCCGUCCAUUCCGUCAGUCUACCUCUUUAGUGAGGUAAAACCGGAGGAAGCCUUUUACCAAUCUGUUAGAGAGCGGUUCAUACGGAGCAACUUCCCCGGCGGGGGCGACGUGUGCAUCGUGCUGUGCGACGUGGCCUACACGGGGUGCAUGCCCCGCUUGGUGGACGCCUUUCUGGAGGUGAGCGGGGUAGAAGCAGUCGGGGGAGGAGCAGCCAGGGGAGCGGGGGAGAACCGAGCGAAGCCGCUUUUCCUGGUGGACGGCCGACUCGUGGGGGGAAAGUCCUUCCUGCGCCGCGGCGGGGAAGCGGCAACGGGGGACGCUGCAAACACCGCCGCGAUCAACAGCAACAUCGUCGUGGGCUUGCACCGAGUAGCCACCAACGUGCAGGGCAAACACUGCUACGGGGACCACGGGAACUACGUAGAGUUGGACGCGCACGAGGACCUCGCGGGAAAAUAUGCCUUCUUCUGCGGCAGGCUGCUCACCAGAGUGCUCUACAGCCCCAGACUGGGCACCCUGCUUUAUGAAGUGAUACGCACAGAGGAGAUGUCCCCUCCGUGGGGGACCAUCCUAACGAAUGGGCAAGCACAAAGGACCCAUUUGUUUCUUUUUGCAAACGGGAAUGUAAACCUAAGGCGUAGGUGUGUCCUAGAGUACGAGUGUUGCCCCGAUAGGGUGCAUAUAUGCGAGUCGGAGCAGCAGGAGGGGGAGGCAGAGAAACAUCUCGGGGCAAACGGAAACAUUGAAAUUUGCCACUUCGAAAAAAAAGACGACCUGGAUAAGCUGCUACUGAAAAGAUACAGCCUCAUAGAAAAGUGCAAGCUGGUGGAUACCUUCGGCAUUCUAAUGGCCAACGUAAAUUUGCAAAAGAGCAGAGAAAUGAAAAGGUGCUUAAGCUAUAUCCUACGGUCCAGGGGGAAGAAGUGUUUUACCAUUGCUACCAAUAAAUUGAACGGUCCAAAAAUGGAGAAUUUCUGCGACGUAGAAAUGUACAUCCUCUUGUCUUGCCCCGAGAAAAGCUUCCUGGAAAUUCCCGAUUUUUCAAAAAAAAUUAUAACCCCAUGUGAGCUGUUUAUUGCUUAUGGGUAUGUAGACUGGCACUGCAACUACCUCUUUGAGUUUUUUAAUUUGCUCGCUGUGCCCUCUGUGCGUAGCGCGCUGGACGGCCUGCGGGGGGGCAAGUACCGGCUGUGGUCCCUCGGUUGGGGGGCACCCAGCCUGGUCGAUGUGACAAAGGGGGCUCUCCAAAGUGGUCCUUCUGUUGAGGGAGGCCCUUCUGUUGAGGGAGGCACUACUGUCGAACGUGGCCCCUCCGUGGAGUGCACCCCUGAACCGUCGGCCCCCGUUGGGGAGUCGCCCGGGCCUAGUAACUCCCUCCUAGAGUGCCACCCCCUCGUCGACCCGUCCCUACCCAUCCCCCCGGAAGAACAGAAGAAAUUCAUAACCACCUUUGACGAAAGGUCGCCCAUGUGCAGGUACUUUUUGGAGACUUUGGUGGAGAACGCCUCCCGGGAGUACCGAGGCGUUGAAAUGAACUACAACACGGAGACUGUGCCGGAGGUCCUUCCCGGGGACGACGGAAUAGCUCAGCGGUACGAGGCCGACCUGCGCUUUUGCGGCUGA